CUACUAUCUGUCUCUCUCCUCUGUCCUCCUCUCUUCUCUAUCCCUCUCCUCCUCCUCCUCUCUCUCUCCUCUCCAUCCAGUAUGUGGAAGGUCAACAGUCCAUCUUCUCCUGUGAAACGGACACUGUGGAGGAAGAGUUAAAGGUUGAUUCUAUCGAUGGUCGUUACCCUUUAUCUUUCAUAUAAUCGUGGCUGUGUUGGCGUAGGCGUGUGUGCAUGUGUUGAGUGGGUGUGUGCGUGCCUGCAUUGUGCACGUGUCUCUGAACUACUGUAAACACACAAACAGUACGAGGUGUACCAGACACACUGCGUCACAAACACCGACACAGCUGCACCCACACCUGAGAGGAAGGAUGAAUGUGUGUGUGUGUGUGUGUGUGUGUGUGUGUGUGUGUGUGUGUGUGUGUGUGUGUGUGUGUGUGUGUGUGUGUGUGUGUGUGUGUGUGUGUGUGUGUGUACAGAAACAAACUGCAAACUAAAACGAGUUGCAAAACACAUCCUGUUGUUGCUGGCGGUGGGUUCGCCAGAGGUUAGCUUGUUGACGCUACCUGGGCAGCGCCACCUGACCAGGGUGACAGGAAGUGAUGCGGGCGCUGACGCUGAUGUCACAUCCACACAAAGCACCGGAACAUUCUAAAUCAUCCUGGGAGCUGUGAAACGUUUUUAACCAUUUCCCCUUCGUGGGUCUGUUGAGGCUAAUGUUGUUAUUGUCACGGCGAUGUGCGUGUUUUGUGUCUCUGAAUCCAGGAUGCUGUACUAUUCUUACAAGCUAAACAUAUCGGGCCAAACUUAAUUCAGUCUUGUACUUACCUAGCGUGAUGUAGCACACUUGUAUCUGUUCUGCCAAGAACUAUGUAUGUUUAAUGUUGUAUGUUGUCCGUCCUGGAAUUGAAUGUACUCACUUAUUGUGUGUUGUACGUGUCGUGCUGGCACUUAAAAAUAGUACUUAGCAUCGUGUAGCAUCUUGUCCUAUCUUUGUUGUCUAUGGGGACUAGGUUAACCUUAUGAUUGUUAGUGCUUGGCACAGAGAUAUAAUGUUGUUCCUUUCUUCCGACAUAUGUACUUUUUGUAAGUCACUUUGGAUAAAAGCAUUGCCAAAUGCCCUAAAUGUAACUAGCUUGCUAACCAAUUUAACAGUUGAGACUCAGUUGAUAGUCUUUUUAGCUAGCUAAUUUAACUUGGACUAAGCUAAUGCUAGCUGACAUAUCAAACUCUUGCUGGCUAGCCAACAUAACAGACUCUUCCACUUGAUAGCUAGCUAAUUAAGAGCCAUUCCACUCAACCUAAACCGUGUCCAGCCCGCUAAUGGAGGCUAGCUCUGAGUGUCCGUCCGUCCGCCUGUCUGCUCAAGAGAGGGGCCUGCCACCUAAUGCCGUCUGACAGCCGAGACGCAGGCAGCUCUCGGUACUCUAGGGCUGUUUGGGGGUCACAGAGACGUGGUCUCCAGUGUAUGUGGAGGGUUUUAUCAGAUAAUGUCCACAUUGUGUCGCAGGCUAAGGGGUUUGUCCGCGGCAGUGACAGGGCGGAUUGGUUCUAACACUAUUGGAGAGGUACUUGGCAGGUCACCUGCAGCAGCCACAUCUUGGUACACCUGACCUGAGACCUGAAAGGUUUUAAUCAGACGAGGAACUCCUGGAAAACAAAGUGGCUGGUGGCUGGUUUCCUGGUUCAUAACUUCAAGACAGACCGUAAGGCGCUGAUGAGACCGGGCCGUUUGGACCGCAUCGUGUACGUCCCGCUCCCAGACGCCCAGACCCGCCGUGACAUCUUCAACAUCCAAUUCAGGAACACGCCGGUGUCCCCCGACGUCAGCCUGGACCUCCUGGUGGGCCGGACAGAGAAGUACUCCGGAGCCGAGAUCUCGGCGGUGGUGCAGGAGGCCGCUCUCCUGGCCCUGCAGCAGGACAUCGCGGUGCAGCAGGUGACGGCGGACCACCUCCACGCCGCCCUGCAGGUGGUCCGGCCCCGGGUCCCCGACUCCCUCCUGCAGACCUACCGCCGGUACCAGCAGCAGAGCCCCGCCCCCUUCUGAGGCCCGCCUCCCAUUGGCCCGGCCCAACCACCUGACCUCAGUGUGUGAAUAUGUGAAUAUGUUUCAGCAGCAAUAAAAAUACAUUAUAAAAAAUGA